UUCCCCUCGAGAGCGCCCGCCUCUCUUCAAUGCGACGCUAAAUUGCGUUGCUAAACGCUGACGUUUCCUGCUGUAAAACCACACCGCCAGGUUUUAGAAUGAUGGAGGAAGACGCCGAGGUAUCUGUGAUGGUAUCUCUGCUGGUCCAGAGGCUGAAUGGAAGCCAUUUGCACUCCGAAAUAGAGCAACGAGCUAAAGAGUGUCUUCACCAACCGGAGAUUAAACUGGAGUGUCUGAAAGAAGACGUGCGUCAUUUCCUCAAAUCAUCAGGUUGGGAAAAAAAGCUCCAAAAUGCAGUGUAUAGAGAAUUGCAAAUCCAGACGCCCCCGAGCCACCCAGCGGCUCCUGCAGAGCACCUCAAAGAGCCCCUGGCCUACAUGCGCAAAGCCCAGGCCAGCUGGGAGAGGCGUAUACUGAAAAGCCUGAAUAGCAUGAGCACCGAGCUGGGAGUGCCUCUGGCGCGUAUGAGGCCGGCCACUGAGCAACAGGAGCUGGCCAACAAGUGGAACGAGAUGGGCACUGAUGAGCCAGACUUAAGCCGCUUCAGGCCCGUCUAUGCGCCAAAAGACUUCCUUGAGGUGGUGGUUAGCUUGCGGAACCCCAACCACGACAGCAGCGAGGAAGUCUGCGCCAAGAGCCACUGGGGCCUCAUCCAGGUGCCCCUGCAUGUUAAGGACAUUCCACAGCUGAGACAAGCCUACUCGGAGCUUAGCCUCGCAGCUGGACAGUUGGGGAUCGACGACAACGCACACAUCCAUCCAGACUUAUUUGAAAAUGACUAUGUUGACAUCGGAAACAAAGUGCUUGCAGAGCAAGACAGUGCAGCAGCACAGCAGUACAGCAGGCAGGGCUGCCCCACCGGGCUGCGGGCUGACCUUUGGGCCCUCAUCCUCAAUUCAGUCAACCAGCCACAGGAUGUCCUACAUUAUGAGCAGCUAAAGACAGGAGUUAUUCAACAUGACCUGCUGGUGGACAACCUUAUCUACAAGGAUGUGAAGCUGACUGCCAGCAAUGAUGACUACUACUUUGUCUUUGAGGACUUUCUCUACCAGGUGCUCCUGUGCUUCUCCCGGGACGCUGUUGUCCUGGAGCACUUCAAGUACAACAGCGCCACUCCUCCCAAAUCCACCAUCCAGGACAAAGAAGAUGUAGAGCAUGACAUUUUUUAUCCCCCCAACGGUGUAAUCCCCUUCCAUGGCUUCUCGAUGUACGUGGCGCCUCUCUGUUUCCUUUACAAUGAGCCGUCCAAGCUGUACAGCGUCUUCAGGGAGAUGUACACGCGUUACUUCUUCAGACUGCACUCUGUCUCUUCGGCGACAUCGGGUAUCGUGUCUCUGUGUCUGCUCUUUGAGAGGCUCCUGCAAACACACCUGCCUCAGCUCUUCUAUCACCUGCGGCAGAUGGGAGCUCAGCCGCUGCGCAUCGCCUUCAAGUGGAUGGUCCGAGCCUUUUCAGGCUAUCUCUCCACCGAUCAGCUGCUUUUUCUUUGGGACAGAAUCCUUGGCUACGACUCACUGGAACCUGUUGCAGUCCUGGCAGCCGCCGUCUUUGCCUUUCGUGCCGAAAACCUGAUGGAAGUGACGUGUCUGGCUUCAGCCGAGGCUGUCCUUGCUGACCUUUCAACACUCAGGGUCAUGCCUCUGCUCCAGAUCUUCCUGUUUGCUACGAGCGUCUAAGCUUCACCGUGACACAUGACACUGACAGCAUGGUAAAUGUCUAAUGACCACUUCUUGUGCCCAAAAGUGUUCAGUCCAGUCGAAUGUAUAAUGUAGUUUGAAACCAUUCUGCUUUUGUCCCUUUAAAUUGUUAACUUAUCUACAUUGAUAAAUAUGGAUUGAUGAUAUUAUUGUAAACAGUAGAGUAAGAUACAAUAGGAGUCUUGUUAUUGUAAAGACAAUUUAAGGGAAAAAUCCACUCCUACACAGUCAGUUGAGUUGAAAAGACAUUUUCAAAUUUGAAGAAGUUGAAGCAACAUACAAGCAGCAAUAGUAACAAUAGGACUGUUUAAAUGUUGCAACAAUAAAUAAAACAUUGUACAUGUCCUCAACAGAUAUUUAAAAAAAAUAAAAAUAAAAAGUGGAAGAGCUUUUUGUUAUAGUAAUUGCAUCAAGUUGCUUUAGUCACUUUUUAAAUAAUUUGCCAGAUCAAAACACAAAAAUGCAUAAAUAAGAUGUCUUAUGUAAAUCCGAUGACAAUUGUAUUCAUUGGUUGACAAAUAUAGAAAAUGUCUAAUGAAUCAGCUUCAGUCUCUGCUGAUAUCACCUUGUUUGGACACAAAAGACCCAUCAUCCUAAAAAUGUGGAUGAUUUUUAUCCAAAAUAAGCAUAAUUGAAGACAAAUUAAUCUCAGUGCGCUUUUGAAUGCCACCUGCCAUACUUGAAAUCCUUAUGAAACCAACAACGUGCAUUUUUUUCCCCCAGUUAGUAGUUGGUGUAAACAAGCAUUUCUUCACUGAGACACAGCAUAGUACGAUACUGCAUUUGUGGAAAUAUGCAACACACUUCAAGUCAGUAACACAACAAUAUAA